CACCCCGCAUCGCGAAGGACGAGCCCGCACCGCCGCCGCAGGCCGGCCAACUCGACCCCAGGCACCCGAUGCCCCGCAGUUGCUCCGCAGGCACCGCGACAGCUCGGAACCCGCCCAGCAUGGCGGCACAGGCACCGCUCCUACGCUGCUAGCGCGCUGGUUCGUGAUGAGCGUCGAGCCUAUAAGAGCCGCGCGACGUCCGCCUCCUGCGGGCCGGACCCCAACCAGUCAUCAAGAUGCGCCUCAUCUCAAGCGCCCUCUCCCUGGCUCUGGCCGGUGCCGCCGCCGCCGGGCCGCUCUUCGUGCCGCGGCAAGAAGCGGCCGAGGUCGGGCCCGUCACGAUCCCCUCGCCCGUCGAGCACUCAGGCAAUGCUACUGCGUGCCAGGGCUACCGCGCCGUCGAUGUGCAGCAGCAGGGCAGCGGCCUCAGCGCCACGCUCGAGCUCAUCGCCCCGUGCGGCGCGUAUGGCCCGGACUACGAACGCCUCAACCUGCGCGUGCACUACCACAACAGCAACGACCUGCGCGUGCACAUCGCCGAUGCCAAUGGCACCGCACACGUCGUUAAUGAGACGCUCGGAGGCUGGCCCACGGCUGCAGACCUCGACGGCGAGGGAGCCACCGACUCGCCGCUCAACUUCACCCUCGUCGAGGAGCCCUUCUCCUUUGCCGUGACGCGCGGUGAGGAGACGCUCUUCAACACGACGGGCAAGCCGCUCAUCUUCGAGGAGCAGUACGUCUACGUCGGCACAAGCCUGCCGGCCAACGCCUCCGUGUACGGCUUUGGCGCGCACAAUGACCAGCUGCAGCUGCCGAUCUCCGAGGCCAACUACACGCGCACGCUGUGGAACCGCGACGCCUACGGCGUGCCGUCGCGCACGAACCUGUACGGCAGCACGGCCUUCUACCUCGAGCACCGCAUCGCCGAGGACGGCAACAGCUCGAGUGCCCACGGCGUGUUCCUGCUCAACUCCAACGGCAUGGACAUCAAGUUCCCGGAGGAGGGCCGCAACCUCGAGUACCACAUUCUCGGCGGCAUCCUCGACCUGCACUUCCUGAACGGCCCCUCGCCCGUUGAGGUCUCAAAGCAGUACAGCUCGCUCGCAGGCAACCCAGCGUCGGUGCCGUACUGGGGCCUCGGCCUGCACCAGUGCCGCUACGGCUACCGCGACGUGAUCGACGUGGCCGAGGUGAUCGCCAACUAUAGCGCCGCCGGCAUCCCGCUCGAGACCCAGUGGGCGGACAUCGACUACAUGGACAAGCGCGCCAUCUUCACCACGAACCCGGACCUCUGGCCCGUCGAGAAGAUGACGGACAUUGUGCAGCACUUGCACUCGCGCGACCAGCACUUCAUCGUCAUGGUCGACCCCGCCAUGGCCGCGCUGCCCGCCGACGAGUACCCGUCUCUGGCGCGCUCCGAGGAGCAGAACGUGCUGCUCAAGAACGAGGACGGCUCGGCCUACACGGGCGUCGUGUGGCCCGGCGCCACCGUCUUCCCGGACUGGAGCCACCCGAAUACGACGGCGUGGUGGGUCGACGAGUUCCAGCGCUUCUUCACCGAGGACACGAUCGACAUCUCGGGGGUGUGGCUCGAUAUGAAUGAGGCCGCGAGCUUCCUGCCGUACUUUGAGGCCAACCGCGAGCGUGUCUCCAUGGAGCAGAACCUGCCGCCGACGCCGCCCGCCGUGCGCGCACAGCCCCGCCCGAUCGACGGCUUCCCGGAGUGGCAGGUCGGCGAGACGCCGACUGGCGGCGCGGCCAACACUUCGCAGCGCCGCUCGAUGACCAGCUGGGACAUGCUCUCGCUGCGCCAGCAGGACGCCCUCGCCGACACGCUGGACCCGCAGCUCAGCGACAAGUGGCUCUACCCGCCGUACCGCAUCUCGGACCGCCGCGCCGCGCCCUCAGCGGCCGACGGCGAGGGCGUCGGCGACGCCACGGCCAUCAGCAAGAACAUCAGCGACUUCACACUCGCCACGAAUCUCCAGCUGCACUCGGGCGAGCGCGAGUACUCGGUGCACAACCUCUACGGCCACCGCAUGGUCAUGGCGUCGCGCGAGGCGAUGCUGGCGCGCCGCCCGGGCAAGAAGCCGCUGCUGAUCGUGCGCAGCACCUUCUCCGGCACGGGCCGCUACGGCUCGCGCUGGCUCGGCGACAACCUCUCGACGUGGGAGUCGUACCGCGAGAGCAUCCGCCAGGUCGUUGGCGCCACGGCAUUCGAGGCGACGAGCGUUGCGGGCGCUGACGCUGGAGGGUUCGGCGGCAACACGACCGAGACGCUGCUUGCGCGCUGGGCCGGCCUCGCCGCCUGGAGCGGCUUCUACCGCAACCACAACGGCGACACGAGCCGGCCGCAGGAGUUCUACCGCUUCCCGCUGGCCGCCGAGGCGGCUCGCGCGGCCAUCGACCUGCGUUACCGCCUGCUCGACGUCUUCUACACGUCCAUCGUGCGCGCCGAGCGCGACGGCACACCGACGCAGCAGCCCGUCUUCUACAACCACCCCGAGGACCGCACAACUCUCCCGAUCGAGACGCAGUGGUACUUUGCUGGCAAGAUUCUCGUCUCGCCCGUGCUCGAGGAGAACUCGACGAGCGUGACGGCGUACCUGCCCAACGCCACGUACUACGACGUGCAGACGCUCACGCCGCUCGUCGGCGAGGGCCGCAACGUGACGUUCGACAACGUCGGCUACUCGACGGUGCCCGCGCACAUCCUCGGCGGCACCAUCCUGCCCAUGCGCGCCGAGUCGGCCAACACGACGACGGCGCUGCGCACCAAGCCGUUCAGCCUCGUCGUCGCGCCGCGCUCGGCCAGCAACUCGAGCGCCGUCGGCGAGCUCAUCCUCGACGACGGCGAGUCGCUCGAGCCUGAGGCGCAGACGGAUGUCGUCUUCCGCCUUGACAACAACACGCUCUCGGCCAACGGCACCUGGGACUACGAGGCGGUGCUCGCCAGUAUCGUCUUUGCCGGCCAGACCGCAUCGCGCUCGCUCAGCAUCGACGGUGGUGAAGCGCGCCAGCCUUCGGCCUUCAACGAGACGAGCCAGACGCUGCGCUUUGACGGCCUCAACAUGACGAUGACGGCCAACUGGACCGCUGUGCUGGCCUGAGCGGCCCGCACAGCCGACGUGCUGCAAUCUGAAUCUCUGCAACUGCUUUCCGAACGCGCAAGCGUCUGCUGAGCGGUAAAAGACGUGAAUGAGGAGUCUGCUUGAGCGCGA